GCAGCGCAGCGUUGGAGGACCCCAGAGAAGAAGAUGGCAGCGACGGGGAUCGACUGCCCUGCGCCGUGCGUCCUACUCCGAGACGGUUAGACGGGGGGUAAACAUGGGGUCGCAGACACUGCAGAUCCUGCGGCAAGGCGUGUGGGCGUCGGUGACGGGUGGAUGGUACUACGACCCGCACCAGAACACCUUCGUAAACGCUCUUCACCUUUACCUGUGGCUGCUGCUGCUCUGCCUCCCGUUCACACUCUACAUGGCAUUGCCCCCUUCCAUGGUGAUUGUAGGUAUGUACUGUGGGGUGAUAGCAGGUAUGUUUGUGCUGCUGAAGGCAGUAAAUUAUCGCCUCCACACCACACUGGAUGAAGGGGAGGUGGUGGAGCUGCGUGCCAAAGGAAGCGAGGGACGGGGUCAGGCAGCACAGCGCCAGCAAGAGGGCACCAGCACCCGGCAGGAGGACUCAAACGGGCCUGGUGAUCCGGGAGGUGGAAUAGAGAUGUCUGAUUUUGCCCGACAGGAGACGCCACCGGUCGACUGCAGUUCACGGAAUUCUUACGUUGGAAUGGACUCCAGUCAUCAGAUAACAGCCCAUGGAGGCCCAGUCACAAGCAAACAUUUGAUGUCAGACCCAAAGUUGUUCUGCCUCGUCUCCAAUGACUCUUUCGCCUCUAUGCAGCCCUCAACCUCUUUGGCUCAGGACCUCUAUGGCUCCACCCCCCACCCUUUCAGCCAAUCUCUGUCCUCUUGUGAUACAGAAAUUACCGCCCAUCUUUCCACCCACUCACAAUCGUUCCGAAAAGAGUCAUCUCGUCCUCGUGGAUUGCCCCGCACCUCAAGCUCUGCGGGAUCUGCUUUUCCAGAUCCUUCUUUGCCAGAAUUUAGCCUGUAUCCUCCACCCCGCCGGGGAGGACUGGACCCUGUAUGCGAAAUGGAGGCAUCUAGGUCACAGAGGGCCCCAGAGAGCUCUGAGAAGCCAUAUUCUGGAACUCCUAGCUCUUCAGGAACAGAAUGUCACAGACAACAUUUGAAAGAGCACCGCAGGAUAUCACGGUCCAUGUCCCGGGAGACGGGCGAAGGGGAGUGUGCCGGAGAAGGGGGAUCUGGGCUGUACCAAUUGGAGUGUGUUCAGGGGGAUGUUUCAGGUGGUGCGGCGGGUCAGGAGAGAACAGGGAGACGAAGUGCCGAAAGUUUGCGGAGUUUAAGCACUCGUAGCAGCGGCUCCACUGAGAGCUACUGCAGUGGGACGGAACGGGAUACCAACAGCACCCUGAGUAGCCUGCACAGUGAGCAGACCAGCUCCACACAUGUAGAGAGUCUGCUGUCACUCACUGGGGAUGAGAAGGUGACUGCAGGACACAGCGAUCCUCGUAACUCUAAUGUGGUCUCGGGGGAGGCUAAUAAAAACCCCCACGCCAAUGAACUUGCCACCAAACUGCCCACCAGUGAUACCCCUAACUUUUCAAUCUCAGAGUGCCAGCUUGGAGAGGGCACUCUGGAGGCAGGGUCAAGAACUAGCAUAGAUGUUUCUACUGACCAUGGCCACAAGCACCAGGAGGCAGAGCCUAACAAAGUCCACCCCAAAACGGGCAAUGUUGUUCACCGGGCUGCCUCUUCUUCUGUCGCUUGCCGCGCUGGUCGUCGGCGAAACAAUAAGCAGCGUGCGAGCAGUUUUGAUGCCAGCAGGCACCGGGACUACGUUUGCAGGCGAGGCAUGGCAAAGCCUCGCUCGGCAGUAUUCAUGAAAGGAGAAGAAGACUCAAGCGAUCAGAGCGAACUUAGUUGUGCCUCCAGCCUACACUCCACCCACCAGCUCAGUACAGACUCAUCAUCCAGCACGCCCCACUCCUGCCCCUCCCCCGAGGAUUGCCGUGGCCCCCUAAGGGCCAAAAUUCUCAGUGUGCAAACCCACAGUCAGAAGGACAAGGAGAAAGAAAGAGAGAAGGGCAAACGCAGAGCUUCACGGCGCACUCCGAGUAUAGGCAGUGCCAAAACACAUGCCCGGGUCCUGAGCCUGGACAGUGGCACUACUGUCUGCCUUAAUGACCCACGUCACUUGGGCGCACCAGCAAGUUCCAGACCCCUCACAACCUCCAAGUCUGACUUGGAGGCAAAAGAGGGGGAGGUAUUGGAUGCGGCAUCCCUGCUGGGAAGGGCCUCUCAACUUGAGUCAGUGACCCGAUCCAGAAACAGUUUGCCCUGCCCUAUCUCCAUCAGUCACACGCAAGACACAGUAACAGGAUCACUGGCCCCAGGGAAUGAUGACACCGUCACAUUUCGCAGAGAACGUAGUACUUUCCGACGACAAGCGGUGCGUAGACGGCACAAUGCAGGAAGUAACUCCGAACCCCCUGCCUCUCUCAUCGGAUCCCCACUCAGUCUGCAGGAGGCUUUGAGUCAGGUAUCUCAAGCCUCAGGGUCACAGGUCAGAGGUCAGCCAUCCCGCACGCAGUCUCAGAUGACGGUAUUGAGCACUAGCGCCUCCCUGCUGGUCAGGAAUGGAAGUGCGCAGCUAGAAGGCUGUCUGGAUAAGGCCUCCACUGUGGGCGUGGCCAGCCUGCAGGAUGAAUUUGGGAAGCUGACCCCACCUCUUUAUGAGGUUGGAGGAUGUGACAUGUCCCUGGUGAACUUUGAACCUGCAACCAGACGAGCCUCCAACAACCUCUGGGAAACAGACUCACACCUCUCCAGUUCUACCUCAGUUCGCUUUUACUCUCAUGACCUGUUCUUGUUUCAUCAGAUACGUCUGAAUCGGCUGCUGUCUAUAGAUCCAGAGCUGUUGGAACAGCAUGAUGUGGACGGCAGUCCUGACCUGCAGGAAGCACCACACUGCUUGCAGGGCUCUGCACACAAUCGCACACACUCGCACACACACAAAGCUAAGCAGUACUACCGCUUCUGGCUGCUUCCAUACCUGUGGGUUGGGCUGCACUUUGAUAGACUCACACUACUGGCCCUUUUCGACAGGAACCGGGAGGUUCUGGAGAACGUGCUCUCUGUGGCUCUGGCUGUUCUCGUGGCAUUCCUGGGUUCUGUGCUGCUUGUUCAUGGGUUCUUUACUGACAUUUGGGUCUUUCAGUUCUGCCUCGUUAUCGCUAGCUGCCAAUACUCAUUACUGAAGAGUGUCCAACCAGACUCUUCGUCUCCUCGACAUGGUCAUAACCGUAUCAUCGCCUACAGCAGGCCUGUUUAUUUCUGUCUAUGUUGUGGGCUGAUCUGGCUGUUGCAUUAUGGCAGUGUAAACAGCCACUCCAGUUCAGUGUCUUUGUAUGGAAUUGCUCUCACCAGCUCUGUCCUGUUGUCACAGGCGCGAGAUCUCCUCAUUGUUUUCACGCUGUGCUUCCCAAUCAUCUUCUUCGUUGGGCUGCUUCCUCAGAUUAACACCUUCGUCAUGUACCUUCUUGAGCAACUUGACAUUCAUGUCUUUGGAGGAAAUGCAUGCACCAGUCUGCUCUCAGCUCUCUAUAGUGUUCUGCGCAGUGUCGUCACUAUAGCAAUGCUGUAUGGGUUCUGCUACGGAGCCUUAAAGGACUCGUGGGAUCCUCAGCACAUUCCUGUGCUUUUCUCAGUGUUUUGUGGGCUGUUGGUUGCCGUUUCAUACCAUCUCAGCCGGCAGAGCAGUGACCCUUCUGUGCUCAUUUCUUUAGUGCAUUCAAAGAUCUUGCCUAACGUGAAAGAGAAAAAUCCAGAGGAUCCCUUGUCUGAAGUGCAGGAUCCUUUACCUGAGAAACUCCUCAACUCUGUGAACGAGAGACUGCAGUCAGAUGUGAUUGUGUGUGUCGUCAUUGCUGUUCUGUUUUUUGCCAUUCAUGUCAGCACUGUCUUCAUUGCCUUACAGCCCUUUUUGAGCUAUGUUCUGUAUGGUCUAGUGGGAACACUAGGGCUGUUAACUCAUUACCUCUUGCCCCAAAUGAGGAAGCAGUUACCCUGGUACUGUUUCUCACACCCGCUGCUCAAAAACAGGGAGUACUAUCAGUUUGAAAUCCGUGGUGCUGCCCAUGUCAUGUGGUUUGAGCGUGCUCAUGUGUGGCUGCUCUUUGUGGAGAAGAACAUCCUCUAUCCGCUCGUUGUGCUUAAUGAGCUGAGUGGCAGCGCUCAGGAGCUCGCCAGCCCCAAGAAACUCAACACAGAGAUUGGGGCUCUAAUGAUUACUAUUGCUGGGCUGAAACUGCUGCGUUCCUCCUUCAGUAGUCCAACAUAUCAGUAUGUCACUGUCCUCUUCACGAUCCUGUUCUUCACAUUUGAUUACCAGCAGUUUUCCGAGACAUUGCUGCUUGACCUCUUCAUCAUGUCCAUCCUCUUCAGCAAGUUAUGGGAGCUCUUUUAUAAGUUGAAGUUUGUUUACACCUACAUCGCACCAUGGCAGAUCACCUGGGGCUCCGCCUUCCAUGCCUUCGCUCAGCCAUUUGCUGUGCCGCACUCUGCCAUGUUGUUUGUCCAGGCCAUAGUGUCUGCUGUGUUCUCCACUCCGCUAACCCCUUUUCUUGGCAGUGCCAUUUUCAUCAGCUCCUAUGUACGACCUGUUCGCUUCUGGGAGAGAGAAUACAAUACUAAGCGAGUGGAUCACUCUAACACUAGACUGGCCUCUCAGCUUGACAGAAGCCCAGGGGCAGAUGACAAUAACCUAAACUCCAUCUUCUAUGAGCAUCUCACACGCUCCCUGCAGAACAAUUUGUGUGGAGACCUGCAGCUGGGCCGCUGGGGAAACUACAGCACCGGAGACUGUUUCAUCCUAGCUUCUGAUUACCUCAACGCUCUCGUUCACCUCGUCGAGAUCGGCAAUGGGCUCAUCACCUUUCAGCUCAGAGGAUUGGAGUUCAGGGGGACAUAUUGCCAGCAGAGAGAGGUAGAGGCAAUAACAGAGGGAAUUGAAGAGGAUGAGAGCUGUUGUUGUUGUGAGCCUGGUCAUCUCCCCCACCUGCUGUCCUUUAAUGCUGCAUUUGGCCAGCGCUGGUUGGCCUGGGAGGUUCUGGUCACUAAAUACGCCCUGGAGGGCUACAGCAUCACUGAUAACAGUGCUGCUUCUAUGCUGCAGGUGUUUGACCUGCGGCGAAUCCUCACUACCUAUUACGUCAAGGGCAUCAUUUACUAUGUAAUUGCAUCUCCUAAACUGGAGGAGUGGCUGGCAAACGAAACACUGCUGGAAGGCCUGACGAGCUGUGGAGAGCGUAACUAUGUUGACCUGGAUCCGACCUUUAACCCCAAUAUUGAUGAAGACUAUGACCACAGAUUGGCUGGAAUCUCUAGAGACAGUUUCUGCUCCGUCUACCUUAGCUGGAUCCAGUACUGCAACUCACGGAGAGAGAAGCCACUGGACAGUGAGAAGGACUCUAUGUUGGUUCUGUUGUGUUAUGGUCUCUGUGUUUUGGGGAGGAGAGCUCUGGGAACUGCAUCACACCACAUGUCCAGUAAUCUGGAGUCAUUCCUGUAUGGGCUGCAUGCUUUGUUUAAGGGAGAUUUCCGGAUCUCAUCUGUGAGAGAUGAAUGGAUCUUUACUGACAUGGAACUGCUGAGGAAGGUGGUUGUUCCUGGAAUACGCAUGUCACUUAAACUGCACCAGGAUCACUUUACGUCUCCUGAUGAAUACGAGGAGUCAUCAGUGUUAUUUGAGGCGAUCUCUUCUCAUGAGCAGACUCUGGUCAUCGCUCACGAGGGUGACCCGGCCUGGCGCAGUGCUGUCCUAGCCAACUCCCCUUCUCUGCUUGCCCUCAGACACGUGCUGGAUGAGGGGACCAAUGAAUACAAGAUUAUCAUGCUUAACCGACGCCACCUCAGCUUCAGGGUCAUAAAGGUGAAUAAAGAGUGUGUGCGUGGCCUAUGGGCAGGGCAGCAGCAGGAAUUGGUGUUUUUGCGGAACAGAAACCCAGAGCGUGGAAGCAUACAGAAUGCCAAGCAAGCACUACGAAACAUGAUCAACUCUUCCUGCGACCAGCCGAUCGGAUACCCCAUCUAUGUGUCUCCCCUGACGACUUCUUACUGUAAUACACACCCACAGCUGGGACACAUACUGGGAGGACCAAUCAGCAUUGCUAACAUACAAAACUUUAUCGUCAAUACUUGGCACAGACUGAGAAAGGGUUGUGGUGCUGGCUGUAACAGCGGUGGGAAUGUAGAAGAUUGUGAUGCAGGAGGUCUGUCGUUUGGCAGUGGGAACUCUGGAAAUUCUGGGACAGGAGCGAGUGAUUCCCAGCACAGCUCAGGACCCACAGCGCUGCAUGCUUACACAGCUCACUCUCUGGGUACGAGUCAGAGUUCUCAGUCUGUGCUGUCUGGUUUGGUGCGUCAGUCUCCCGCUCGUGCGUCUGUUGUAAGUCAGUCCUCCUUGUAUCGCUACAGCAGCAGCCGGCAGUCUUCACUCCGCACGUCUGUAACGGGUCUGGAGCCUUGCAGACGCUCCUCCAGCAGCCAGCUGUCUCUCCGCACGCUGCCCACCUCCCUGCAGCUCCGGCUGGGCCCUAACGCCUCAGCUGCCCCUGACCCACCUGGCCCCUCCAGCUCCUUCUCCGCCCACUCCAUCCCCCCCUGCAAACGGCAUGCCCACACGCUCGCAGGCCUGCUGGGAAACGAGGCCUUAGUGCUGGGGACUGACCACCAUCUUUACCCACACCAUCAUCUUCAUCACAUCCACCAUCAUCAUCACAAUCCCUCGCUGUCCUGUCUAAGGAGGGAUGAUAUCUCCUACAGGGUGCAGAUUGUGGAUGUGAGUCAGGUGUUGGACGUGAUGAAUCAGUCUAAGAGAAAGGAGCUUGUGUGGCCGGAUGAGAGCAUGAGACUCAGAGCUGGACGCAACUUUUGGAGAGAGUGGAGCCCCCUAGAGGGCAUGGAGGGUCAUGUGGUUCAUCGUUGGGUGCCUUGCAGUCGUGACCCAGUUAGCCGUUCUCACAUUAAUAAGACCAUCCUGUUGGUCCAGGUGGAUGAUAAACUGGUUCCCAUUAUAGAGACGGGAGUGAUUGAACUGGGGGCAGAGGUGUGAGGAUACACACAUACGCAUCCUUCUCUAAUGUCAGAUCGCUGCACAUGUCAGAGGGAGAACGAGGCCACGCUCGCUCCCAGCUGCUGAUCAGAGUGCAGGAAACCAGGGAAUCGUGCAAAUAAAGGAAAUACACACACAAACACAUCCUGCAAGAAGCACACUUGCUUAAAUCUGAACAGAAAGCUGCCUUGCUCUGUGUUGCUCGGAUAUGCUGCAUGAGAGAUCAGCUCCUGUAAACUUUUCUCUCUCUUUGUCUCCUUUAUGAGCAACGAUGAUCUCAUUCUGUUUUUUAGUUUCUAUGCAUCUCAUCAGCUGUCUGUAAACACAUGCAAACAUGCAGGGAACACUAAUCCGAGCUUGAAAUAUACACGGAGAAGACAUUUUAUUACAGCUAUUAUGAAGUUUUAUUUUGUAUUUUCAGCCAAAUGAAGUCAGGUGCACAUUAUUGCCCUGGACAUGCAGUGAAUCAUGUGACAGACUGUGUUUUAAUAGCUGCCAAGACUGAUGAUCACAGUGAGGAUGAUGAUAAAGUAGGAAGCAGUUGCUUCUUUUAUCUCAUCCUUCUUUUUCAUCCACUUUUAUUUAGUUGCAGAUACAUUUAUAAACAAAGAGACAGGUGUUAUGAGAAACUUUAACUUGCACUAUGAUUUUUAAAUGUUUUAUUUGCAGUUGUGCACUACAUUCUUUAGAUCACUUGUUAUGUAUUCCUCUGUGGUUUAAAUCGCCAUGGUUACCGAUGCCUUUGAAAUGAAAAAUGCGAAAUCAUCGACAUUCUUUUCUGCCAUUUUGAGGUUUUCUUUAGCUUGAGGACAGAAGUGUUUUUUAGCACAUGUAGUUAUGUAUGGAAAAAAAUUAUAUGUGUGUGUGUGUGUGUGUGUGUGUGUGUGUGUGUGUGUGUCUGUAAAAAUAUUUGGCUUUGAAUAUUUAUUAAUGUAUUUACAUUUUGUUAUAUUGUUUUUCAUUUACGGGACAAAUAAAGACAAUGCAUAAAUAUGAAGUAACUUUGAACUAGUAAUGCUCCUGAGUGACUGAUGACAUUAAUUUAUGAGGAGUAAUUAAAGUGGAUUAAAAAUUGACCUGGG